AUGGGAAAUACUCUGUCAGAAGUGCCUACUAUACUGAGAAUCAAAGAGUCUAUUCAGAAAGAAUGUACUGGAGAUCCAAGAUGCCCGAUAUGCUUGCAAAAUGAGGAGUCAGUAGUCCAUGUCUUGUGGUCCUGUCCAGCCUCUACAGAUGUGUGGGCAGAAAGGGGUAGUCCAGUGCAUAAAUGGAACUCAAAUGGAGGUGGAUUUGAGGAGUUGUGGCAGGAAAUGGUGAGAAAACUACGUCAAUCAGAGUUAGAAAGAGUGGUGGCUAUAAUGCACUCGAUAUGGUACAGAAGAAAUGCAUGGGUAUUUGAAAGUAGUUUCUCUAGUCCCAAAAGUGUCAUUAAAAAAGCCCUAGUCAGGUUGGAUGAUUAUCAAAAAGCACUGAGGGAUGGCAGAACUGAAGUAAGGAAGACUAAGCAGGUCAAGCAAAUAGGAGAAUGGCAGAAACCAGAGGAUCCGAGUGUUAAAGUCAAUUUUGAUGCAGCAGUGAAUCAUAAAGAAAAAAGAAUGGGUGUAGGGGUGGUAAUAAGAGACUCUAUGGGGGAUGUGUUAGUGUCUUUGAGUGCACAAAUCCAAUGGGUGAAUUCCCAAUUCAUGGCAGAAUGUAAAGCGCUGAGUAAGGCUUUAGAAUUAUGUAAAGAUUUGGGUUUCUACAAUGCAUGGUUUGAAGGAGAUGCAAAAGGGGUUGUAGAUGGGGUGAAUAAUGAGGAGGAUGAUUCUUGGGUGGGAUAG